GUGUCACUUUCUUCUAGACAGUGAGAUGAAGUUAAGUUGAAUAGUAAUUCGAUUAUUCUAUUUAUCAAAUAAAGACUAUAUAAAAAGAAGGAUAAUUGUAUAUUUUGAACAAGCAGUUUUAAUAAGAUAAAUUUGUUAAAAACUAAUAACUAAAGAAAAAUUAAUAUGAUAUAAGCACACAUAAAAAAUAUAAAAAUGGAUAAAUUACAUCAACAUAUUCUCAAAGUGUUAAGAAAAAGUAUAAUGGCUGAUAUGGAUGUACACAAUGGUAUUAUAAAGUUACUGCAAUCAGAAUAUAUAUUAACAGAUAUACAAAUAGCAAGAAUUGAAGAUGGUGCUUCUAAAGAAGAAAAAGCUGAAAUUUUAUUAGAUAUACUUCCAAGCUGUGGUCCAAGUGCAUUUGAUAUUUUUCGUCAAGCUUUAAAACAUCAUUAUGAAUGGUUAAGUAAUGAUAUGGAUAAACUCGAAGAAAGUGUAAGAUCAUUUUGUGAUAUAAAGAAUGUCAAUACACCCACUCUUCCUCCAACAUCACCAUUAACUGUUGUAAGAGAGGCAAAGAUAAAACAGUUACAAAGUUAUUUGGAAGAAUUACAACCAAAUGAAUACAUUGUACUUCAUGGUAUGAAAGGUUUUGGUAAAUCAUGUUUAACAGCUAGCACAUUAAAGAACAUGAAAUUUGUAAGAAAUAUAUUUUAUAAUGAAGUGUAUUGGAUCAAAUUUGGAUAUAAACGUCCAGUUGAUGAAGAGAUAUUAUUUCAACUUAAUACAUUGUAUCAUCGUGUCAAGAACUUGGAAAUAGUCCCAGAAUCAUUAAAGCCAGAAUCUUUAAAAGAUUCAUUAAUUUAUUUUUUGCAAGAACAUUUUAGUAGAGAAAAACAUUGUCAUGCUUUAUUAAUUUUAGAUGAUGUUUGUGAUUCAAAAAUAAUUGAAACAUUUGAUUUUGGCUGCAAAACAUUAGUAAUUACAGCUGACCUUGAUGUUGUAUGGGAAAAAAGACCUCGUGUGAUUGAGAUGAAUGAUGGAUUUACCGAGACAGAAUCUUUAGGUCUGUUUGCUAAAGUAUUAGAUACAGAAAUAGAAAAUCUUCCCUUAGAAGCAAAACGAAUUCAUGAUGAAUGUAAAGGAAUGCCUUUAUUAAUUGCAAUGUUUUCUGCUCAAUUUAAGGAAUUUAAACAUGAUAUGAAAUUACGUCCAGACAGAUGGAAGUACUAUUUAAAUUCAUUAAGAAAUAAGGAUGAAAAUAAUCAUGUAAUUAAAAAAUUUUGGGAAAAACAAGAAGUAAUUUUUAAUAUGUGUAUAGAACAAUUACCUCUUGAAAUGAGAAAACGUUAUGAAGAAUUAGUUAUUUUUAGAGAAGAUGUUAACAUAACGCCACAGACAUUAGAAAUUCUGUGGGAAGGCAGUCUAUUUCAGGUUGAAGAAAUGAUGCUUGAUUUAUGUCAUAAGUCACUUGCGGCUAAACAAUGGAAUGAUGAAUUACGCAGUUAUAUAUACGGUGUUCAUGAUUUAUUACUUUGUCAUCUUCGACAAAAAUUUUCAAAAAAUGAAUUAAUACAAAUGCAUAAAUCAUUGAUUAAGAAAUAUCGUAAAUAUUGCAAUGGUGAUUUUUCGAAAUUACCAGCAGAUAACUAUAGUCAUUCAUAUAUUGGAUAUCAUUUGGAACAAGCAAAAUUAUAUGAUGAAUUUCCUAAUAUAUAUUUAGAUUUUGAUUUCAUCCAACAAGCAAUAGUUCAUAGUGGUUUAAAUAAUUUAUUGAUUGAUUUAAACAAUUAUAGAAAGUAUAUUACCAAAGAUUGUGAUCCAGAAUAUGAAAAACGCUUUGUUGAUUUGGAAAAAUUUUUAGAAGAAAAUUCAAGUACUAUAGCAGAACAUAGACGAAAAAAAUGCUUAGAUAUAGUACAAAUUGCUAUGAGCCAUCCUUAUCCAGGAUACAUUAAAGAUACUACUAUUAAACUUGCAAAAGGAAGAUCUAAAUAUUUAUAUUUAUUUCAUGAUAAAACAGGACAGAUAGAUAUACCAUUGAGUGAAGAAAUGUCAACAGAAAUAUCUACAUCAUGUUUUAUAAAUGAUCCAAAUCUUAUAUUAAUUGGAAAUCGAUCGGGUGAAAUAUUCUUAUGGUAUAGCAUUUUCAAAAGGCAAAAAGUUUUCAAUGGACAUGACAGAAAUUGUUGCAUAAAAAAAAUUAUUGUAUGUAAUGAGGGAGAUUGUUUCUUAUCUUUAGAUGAUCGUGGUAUAGUAAAAUUUAAAAUUUUUGAUGAUGAAAAUUAUGAAGAAAGUAAUAAUGCUAUAUUGAGUCCAAGACAAAAGCAAUCUUUUUGGAGUGGAAUUUUUACAAGUAAAAUUCCUCGUGAUGAUAGUUCAGUAGUAUUUUCUGUUCCUAAUGAAAUUAUAUUAGAUGUGACAUUUUCACAUGAUAGUAGUUCUAUUGCUGCUUGUACAAAUAAAGGAACAAUAAGGAUUUGGGAUUGUCAUGGAAAUAUAUUAUCAAAUCACGGCCAUAAUCCCCAAAGUUCUCUUAAAAAUAUAGCAUUUACAUUGGAAAAUAAUAAUAAUAUUAUUAAUUCUUUACUUCAUAUAAUGGAUGAAAUACAUGGUGUUAUAAUAUCAUAUUGUAAAUAUGGUAAUAAAUAUGAAUAUAUAUCAACAUACAAUUUAGAUUUGAAAAAGAAGAAAAUUAUCUUCUUCUGCAGUGUGCCACUACAAAAUAAUUCUUUAUUUAUUGUUACUCAAAAAAAAGCCAUAUAUGUGAAAUGGUUUAGAUCAAGUAAUAAUCAUAUGCAUAGUUAUAAUAAACAAGUAAGAGCAAGUGUUGAAAAUGAAAAAACCGUUUAUGUUUGUGCCAGUAUGACUGAUGAUGGUCAGUAUAUAGUUUUAGCUGAUUCUAGCGGUUUUAUAAAUGUAUGGAAUAUAAAUAUUGGACUUCAUCCAAUAACUACUUAUAAAAGUCGUGUUUCUUCUUUGGACACAUAUUGGUUAAAAGAUGAAGGAUAUCACAUUAUAUGUGGAAGUGAAAAUCGAUUACUUCAUAAAUGGAAAUUUCCAGUAGAAGGAACUGGUAUAUCAAUAAAAAAACCUUUGUUUGAUGCAAAAGUACAGAAUUUUGGCAAUACUUCGGAUACUAUCGUUAUGGAAACAUGUUCAAAUACUAUUAUUACAUUAAUUGGUGAUGAUAAAAUAGCAGAAACUGAACAAAUUGAUGGAAAAAUAAAUAAUUUAAUUCUUUAUGCAGAUAAAAUAAUUUAUGUUACUGAUAAAGGUAUGAUUAAUAUGUUUGAUACAAGAAGCAAAGAAAAUAUACGUAUAUUAAACUUUUCAUCUAAUGUGGAAUUAGUCAAAGUAUUAAAUAUGAAAAACGAUAUAAUUAACAAUGGUAUUCUCGUUUGUAGAGGGACAGAUGAUAACUUACAGGUGUGGGAAAACAUAGAAUUAAAAUAUAUAAUUCCGAAUACAGGUUACGUUAUUGCAAUUCAUACGAUUGAUCAAGAAUGUUUAGUAACAAUAACUCGAAAUGGUAUAAUAACAAUUUGGAAUAUCAAAAAUAUGAAUUGGUUACAAACGGAUAGAGUGAACGGAAAUUCAGAGAUAAUCUUUAGUUGUUUAAGCUACCAGAAGAAUUUCUUAGCUGUGUUAAAUGAAAAUAGAGAUGUGGUUUUAUAUAAAUUACAGAAAGAUAUAAUAUUAAAUCCAGCAUGUAUUAAGAUAAUAGAAUAUUCUAGACUAUCAUAUAUUCAUAAAUUAACAUGUUGUGAAAUUUCACAAAACGAAAAGUAUUUAGCUAUAGGUUUUGAAAAUGGAAACAUUUCUGUUAUUGAUACAUUUACACUCGAAGAAAUACGAAAAUUGAACUUUCAUACAAGUUCAGUUACUCAGUUACAUUGGGCUCCCUCUAUGAUUGAGAUUCCAAUUUUGCUUUCUGUAAGUUCUGAUGAAUUAAUUUGGUGGAAUAUUACUUUAAUAUGUAAACCAAAAUCGGAGAAAAGAACCGUACUGAAUCAUAGUUUUAGUUCUCCUUCUGUUAGUAAAAUAACUAAUGAUUUUCCACAUAUAUCUACUAGUCAAAGUAUAGAUUCAUAUAUUUGCCAUUUACAAAAUCAGCCACAAGGUAAAAAUACAAAGAAUGAUAUAGAUAAACUAACUAAAUUUUGGAAAUCUAAGGAGGGUAAAGAUCCUAAACAACCAGGAAUACUAGCUAUUGUCGAGUUACCUUCAAAUUUUUUUGCUAAAAUAUGUGUAUCUACUGAUUUUACUAAAUAUGUUACAGUUGAUAUAUAUGGAUCAAUCAGUACUUUUACAUUAUGUGGGUAUGAUUAAUAACAAAUAUUAAUUUUUAUAAUUUAAUUUAAUUUAGAAUUUUUAUAUAUAAUCUUUUGAAAAAAAAUCUUGCUUUAAAAAAUUCAUUAUUAGUUCUAUGUUAUAUUGAGUUUUGAUGGUAGAUAUGACUACAACAAAAUAGAAUAUAAAUAGAAUUUAAUGAUUCUAAUGAUAAUGCUGAUUAUGCUAAAUGUGAGUAAAAUUUCAUAUAAUUUAAUUGACUAAUGCUCAAAACUAUAUUGAAAAGUAUAAACUUCUUAAUAAUAUUUUAAUAUUACUGCCAUUUGCAUUUAUAAAAAAAUUAUAAGAUCUCUUAUUCAUAGAAGAAAACUAUAGUUCCAAUUUUUACUGCAUUUUUUAUAACGAAUUUAUACAUAAUAUAAUUUUUAGACAAAUUUUUAUCUUUAUAAUUCGAAGCACUCGUAUUAGAAUUAUUCUUUAAGUGAUACAAGUUGCUAAAUGUAGUUUGUAAACUUUAUUCUACUUAUUUUUUUGUACAAAUGCUCUUUUUUACAUAUUUUAUAUAAUUAUAUAUCAUUAUAAUAUAAGAUAUAUACAUAUAUCAAUAUAGUUUAUACAUAAGUAUUAUUUAAUAUUAAUAUAAAAUAUAUUUUAGUAUUAUAUACAUCAUUUUUGUAAAUACAAGUGUAUUUUAUCGCAAAGCAAAAUUAGCAAAAUUAAAAAAAAAUUAAAUACUUUUAAUAA